UAUCAAAAGAAAAUUAGCUUAAUUUUAUAUCCUAUAAUUAUUUCUAGACUAGAUAUUAUAAAAAGUUACAAAAUCCUUGCAAAAUAUAUGGCCAAACCUUAUUUAAAUUAUAUACAUAUAGCAAAUCACCUGAUUUUAUUUAUUUAUGGAACCCGAUUUAAUUCAAUUUAA